GACGGAGACAAAGAGAGCAAAGAGACAGAGAGCGAAUGAGUGCAACACCCUUUUCUGUGCCAAGGGAACAGUUGCCGUGUCAACAUCAAACAUUUCACUGAGGCAGAUACAAAUCAUGCCGCUUAACGCUUAGUGCAAUGGCAGAGUCCACGGUGUCAGGUUGCACUGGCGAGCAGACAGAAGAUCAGAGUGGAGCACAGCCUGAAGAUGAAGCUAGAGAACAGCCUGAAGAUGAAGCUAGAGAACAGACUGGAGAAGAAGCUGGAGAACAGACUGGAGAUCAAGCUACCAAUCAAGUUGAUGAUGAUGACGAACCUUCUGAGCUGCAGCGUUUGAUGCUGGCCGUUGCCUUCAAGGAGGCCAGCGAUAGACUCGCUUUGCAGCAGCGUUCUCAUCGCUUGAACAUGCAGAAACCGCUGCCGCCUUUACCUGCUUCACUGCGUCGCUUGCGUAGCUCUUCCAUAGGCCAAAAGGCAAUGCCGGAGCGCAUUUUGCUCACAGGCAAGAAGCUGCCGCGACUGCAAUCGCUGCUGGGCGAGGCGGAAGAGGAUGCGGAUCAAUUGGAUGAAUGCGUGUUGAAUGCUUUAAAGUACGAGCGUGAUAUGGAUGCAUUGCGUGCCUUCUUCGAGGCAGCCAAUCAGCAACUUUAUAUGACUAAAGAGGAGCGACAAAGGGAGAAGCCAAGUCGCUUAGAGCUGGCAAUUGGUGCUCUGAGUGGCAACAACACUGAGGAAUCGGUGGCAGCCAAGGAGCUGCUGCAAUCGAAGGAGGAUCUGAAGCAACUUCAAGCGCAGCUCGAACAGGUGAAGAUCGAUGGCGUGGCCAAGUUGCAGGAUUACGACGAACGUAUCGCCGAUGCCAAGUACAAUUUGCGCUGCGUGUCGCGCGUCAACGAUCUAGAGUUCAGUCUGGUGGAACGUUGGGAGGCGGCGCGUGUGGGGCAAGCGGAGAUCUGGGGCGAGAAUGCGGAGCGUGCUUAUCUGCGGGACAUACUCGACUUUAAGCAGCGUCUCUCCCGGGAGCAGCGAGUCAGCCAGGAGCUGAGUGCUUUUCGGAGUCGAGAGCGUGCUGAUCUCGAGCAACGCAUUGCGGAUUGGCAGCAGCGUUAUGCAAGCGAACUGAGGAGAGUGGAGCGGGAGAGCGAGGCGUGGGAGUUGCGCAUACUGGAGCUGACCAAGUCGCUGGCAAGGCAUCGCGAGGAGAAUGCUCAGCAUGUGGUGUUUGUGAAUGAGUAUCGCGCCAAGAAGGAGGAGGAACAGCGGUUGCUCGAUCUGCAGUUGCAUCGCAUUCAGUGCGCCAUCAAGUUGCAAGCUUGGUGGCGUGGCACGAUGGUGCGACGUGGCCUUGGUCCGUUCAAGAAGAAGCCAAAGCGCGGCAAGCGAGGCAAGCCCAAAAAGUAA